AUGAAUGAAGCAGAGGAGCGAGAGUUCUCUUCUUUGGGCAUUGAGAACUGGCUGGUCGCUGCUUGCAACGCUGUUGGACUGAAACGGCCAACAGACGUGCAAUGGAAUUGUAUCCCUCCUGCACUGGCAGGAAGGAAUAUUCUUGCUUCCGCCGAGACCGGAAGCGGCAAGACAGCCGCAUUCGCCCUCCCCAUCAUCCAGCAGCUUUCUAAGGACCCUUACGGGGUGUUUGCCGUCGUCUUGACGCCAACGAGAGAGCUUGCGUUUCAGAUCCAGGAUCAGUUUGUAGCGCUCGGUUCCAGGAUACAGCUGAGGAAUUGUGUGGUCGUUGGAGGUCUGGACAUGAUGAAGCAGGCGGUAGAGCUGUGCAAGCGACCGCACGUGGUGAUAGCAACGCCAGGGAGGUUGUCCGAUCACAUCAACAGCUCGUCUGGCGUGAAGGAGGCUCUCGCAAGGACACGGGUGGUAGUUCUCGACGAGGCGGACAGACUGCUGGAAGAUUGCUUCGAAACCGAGUUGGCCAACAUCCUCGACGCUCUGCCCAAGAAUCGCUCUACCUACCUGUUUUCUGCAACAAUCACAGCGAGCAUAGAGGAGCUGAAGCAUCUCGGUGCUAUGAAGAAUUGCUUUGAGUACGAGGCCGACAAUCCUAAGACGACUGUUCGGACAGUCCGUGAGAUGUACCUGCACAUGCCAAAGAUGGUCAAAGAUGUAUACUUGGUGCACUUGGUGAGGAACAGCGAAGCCAAGGCCAUGAUCAUCUUUGUCGGGAGAAAGACGACCUGCGUGUUUGUCCAGCUGCUUCUAGAGGAUAUCCCCUGCUCCUGCCUUGUUGUCCUCCUCAAUUCCCGGCAGAACCGGCGUCUAGCAGCCCUGGAUCGGUUCAAGGGAGGGAGGUGCCGCAUCCUCGUAGCCACGGAUGUUGCGAGCAGAGGGCUGGACAUUCCCAAAGUGGACUUGGUUAUCAACUACGACAUUCCAAAUGACGCAAAAGAUUACAUUCAUCGGGUCGGACGUACAGCUCGUGCAGGGCGGACGGGAACAGCAGUCUCCCUCGUCACCCAGUACGACGUGGAGCUGGUCCACAACAUCGAGGCAGAGACGGAGAAGAAGCUGGAGGACUUUGGGCUGAAGGAGGAGGAAGUUCUUGAGAGCAUGUCGGAGGUCAUGAAAGCGAAGAGGCUGGCCCGAGUUCAGAUGCUGGAGCUCGACUCGGAGGGUCAGGAUGACAAGAGAAGGUGA